CUAUCAUUCAAUUACCCCUCUUCUUUUCCCUUAAACUCCCCAAACAAAUCAUUAAAUCCCUCCUAUAUUCCCUCUCCCUUUUCUUAGACACUUCAUUUAUUUCAGUUCCAUAACCAUUAAAUGGCUUCCUUAAACCCCUUCAUCACAAUCAUUUUCAUAAUAACUUCCACUUUUUCCUUUACUUCAUCGCACAAAACACCAUUUAAACUAUCAACAAUAGCAUCUGAACCAACUGUAUUACCAGAUUCUCUCCCUCCUUCUCAAUCCCCUGCAUUAUCCCCUGAUAUUACUCCUCUGUUUCCUACUCCUUCAACUACCACAAACCCACCUGCUGAUUCUUCAUUACCCAUCAUUCCUUCUAGUCCAAGUCCCCCUAAUCCUGACUCUCUAUCAACUCCUCAUCCUGAAUUCACCAUUUCCCCAACCGCCGCCCCGCCCGAAUCCUCUGCUCUUGCUUUCAAGCUCUCAUUCUUGCUCAAUCUUGCAUUGCUGUUUCUGGGUUUUUUUAUAUGAAUCAGGGGAGAAUCUUAAAUCUAGCUCAAACCCGAUAUCCAUAUUGAAUUGUGUAAUGUGUAACAUAACACCCAGAAAAAACGGCAGUCGAAUUGGUUCAGUACAGAUGCAGUGAUAAUCCAGCUUGAGGUAUUCUAAUUGCUGGUGUGUUAGUGUCACUGACUCAUUGUACCAGCAGAAUUAAAAAAAUUUUGAUUCUUCUAUCCCACUUUGUAUUGUUUAGCUUAUUACUUUUUAUAAAGUUGGUAUAUAAGUAUUAAUAGAUUUAAUACUAGUGGCUUUGAUAUGAUAUGAUUUGUCAACUUAAUUAUUGAA